CUUUCGAGAUCCCACUCCCCACAUACUCUCGUCUACUACAGGGACGCACUAGAUCGACAACGGGACGAGCAGAUGACAUGGCAGCCUUACACAGCGGCUAAGAUGGAAGCUUUACUGCACAUAUGUACAUCGGGCCACGAGAUUUGGAGAUCGCGUUGUCCUCUUAUUUGCUUUGACAUUGUCGAGCUACAUCUACCGGAUCGUGUCAUGCGUCAAUUCGGUUUGGAGCAAGUAAUCCCGCAAGCCUGUGACACCCAACCUCAACUACAUGCGAUCGAUCGGAGGACUGGGGACAAGAACUACCUCGUACGACAUAGAUCGCAUGUAGAUGCGUGGAACGACCGAGCAUCUACAUUGGUUGGAGGAGAUAACUUCACAGGUCAUAGCUCUGCUAUGUACAUGAGUUGGUACAGGCGCAUCUCGAUAUUACGCCUAACGAACACCGCAUUUGCACAGCCAGGAUCACAUUACCAUCCGACAUCUACGUUUCUGGCUGAGCGCAUCCGAUCGGUGCUCAUACAAUGUAAUGACACGAUUCAAGGGGCCGCUACAUCGCCAGUUGACGUGGGGUAUCGGCUAUGUUCUCAGACCUUAGGCUCCAUUAACGCGUCGUUGACCGAUGCAUUGAGUCAGGCGGGUUAUGAGUACCUCAUACCGACUCCACCCGUCAUUGGCGAGGUAGAUGACGCAUUCCACACUCCUUCUCCAAGGAGUUCAGCCCAUCGAGGUAGCUCUUCCGGAGGAUCCAGUUCUCGGUCCACAAGAGGCCACCAGCGUUCAUCUACUCGAGGUCGGUCUUCCAGAUCGCCAUCGACAUCCGCUACUAUGUCGCCGUUCGUUCCCCCGUCUUCCAUCAACACUCCUCCUCCACAUCCAUCGCCUCCGCAAAGGAUUAUUACAUAUCAACUAUCUUUUCAUGUAUGUAUUUCCGAUUCUACUUUCUGGGUUUUCUUUGUUAUGGUGAAAAGGGGUGUAGCUUAA